AUGGCUACAAGUUGUAACAUCAGAGUUAUCGCGAGGUUCCGACCUCUUAACUCGAGGGAGAAGGCACAGGAGAAGGACCAGGUUGUAUGUCAAUUCCCACAGGAUACACAGAUCAUUAUGACCAACAAUGGCAAUCAAGUGCCCUUUCAAUUCGACAGAGUGUUCCCUCCCGACACACAACAAGAGGAGAUCUUUGAGACCGUCAAAAGCACCGUAGACGACGUACUCAAUGGUUACAACGGCACAAUCUUUGCAUAUGGUCAGACAGGUUCGGGAAAGACAUUCACAAUGUUUGGAUCAGAUGAUAAGGAACCAGAGUUUGCUGGUAUCAUUCCAAGAACAAACGUACAUAUAUUCAAUAGGAUUGCUGAUGAUACAACUGGUACAGAGUUCACGAUCAAGUGUUCAUUCGUUGAGAUAUACAUGGAGAAUAUAAAGGACUUGCUCAAUCCAAAGAACACCAAUCUCAAGAUUAGGGAGUCCAAGACCAAUGGCAUUUGGAUCGAAGGCUUGACCGAGGAGUUUGUCGGCGACGACCAGGAGAUCCUCGACCUGAUCGCGCUGGGCGAGCAGUCGCGCUCCGUCAGCAAGACAAACAUGAACCAGCGCUCGUCGCGCUCCCACUCGCUGCUCAUCCUGACCAUCGAACAAAAGUCGCGCGACGGCUCCAUCAAGCGAGGCAAGCUCAAUCUGGUCGAUUUGGCUGGCAGUGAGAAGGUGGCCAAGACAGGCGCCGAGGGCCAGACGCUCGAGGAGGCCAAGAAGAUCAAUCAAUCGCUGUCACUGUUGGGCAAUUGUAUUCACGCGCUCACCGAGUCCAAGCGUGAUCAUAUCCCCUUCCGCGACUCCAAGCUAACACGUAUCCUUCAGGAGAGUUUGGGUGGCAACACCAAGACCACGCUGAUGGUCACUGCCUCGCCGCACAUCUCCAACGUCGAGGAGACGAUAUCGACGCUCAAGUUUGGCGCACGUGCCAAGACCAUCAAGAACAACGUGAAGAUCAAUCAGCAAAAGUCGGCAGCGGAACUGCUGGCCAUCAUCAGUGUGCUUACCAACGAGCUGUCAAGUCUCAAGCACUACUCACUGUCGUUGGAGAAGCGCAUCGAGUACAUGCGCUCUCCCGACUACGUGCCUGGCAGCCCGUUGCCCGAGCUGGCGACUCUGGCCCCAUCCAGCUCGACCUCCACACCAACUCUCCAAUCGUCCACACCUUCAGCCACUCAAUCAAACAACAGCAGCAGCAGUGCUACCACCAAGCCCAGACCACCAUCACAGUUGGGCGCGGGCUCUCCAUUCGUUGGCCAACACAGUCGCAAUAACAGUUCAAACUCGUCGCGCUCACAGUCGCCAGAGAACAAUGUGCCAUCGCUGUACGACCCAAUGGCGAUGGUGGAGCUGACAAUGCAGAUCGAUCGACUAAAGGAGGAGAACCAACUGCUUGUGGACAAGUUCAAGGACGAGUUGUCAGAGCUGACACUCCAGAUGGAGUAUCGUAGCGAGGAGCUCAUCCAGGUGCGCGCACAGUUGGAAGCCGCCAAGGAUUUGGCCAAGCACACUGGCCAAGAGACCAAGACGCACAGAGAGACCGAGCGCAAUCUUACGACGGAGUUGCAGAACAGGGACAUCAGGGUCAGCACACUCACACAGCAGGUCGAGGACCUGCAGCUGCUGGCAUCACAGGUGGUACAAUACUUGGACCGCAAACAACAGACCGACUAUCUCGAGGGCGACGCCAACAGCAAUGAGGGACGUCUGUGUCGCAGCGUUUCGUCGACGUCGCUGAGCGACGACGGCAGCGCCUACUCGAGCGACACUCUCCAAGACAUCAACAUCGAGGAGGUUAUAAGAAACCUCUCCGAGGAGGAGUUGCUGAGCAUGCAGAUCAAGAUGCAGCUGCAGAAUCGCAUCGCGCAGCUCGAGCAGCGACAACAGCAGUUGAGCGACGACCUGGCGAGCAGUGAGGCAUCAUUGACCUCGUUGCAGAUUCAUUUGGCCACCGUCGAGAAGGAGCGCAACGGGCUACAGAUAAAACUUCAGUCAAUGAUUGAUUCAAGAGCUGUCAUCACUAAUGGCGCCCACCAUGCGGGUGGAGACGACGCAGCCGCGCUACAACUGCUGCUGGACGAUGGCGAGCCCGAUGGCACAUCAUUGGAGACAAGGAACAAGCAGCUGCGCGUACAGCUGGAACACACACUGUCGGACAAGCGCAGUCUAGAUCAAUACAACGAGCAACUUCAGUCUGAAAACUCAGCACUGAAAGAGAGAGAACUAAGACUGAUGCAGGAAAUCAAGGCGCUAAAGAGUGGACAAACUGUCGUCCAACAAGAGUUUGCCCUUUUCAAAGAGGACGCUGCCAUGAAGAGCAAGCUCCAAUACAGCCAGAUCACCAAUCUGCAGGCUGAAGUCCAGUCAGUGCAGAGUAAGCUUCACAACGAGAAGCAGAACAAACAGAAGGUCCAGAACGAACAGAUUGAGAUAUCAAGCAAGACGAAUGAGUUGUUCAAGAUACAUGAGGAUAGAGAACAUAUUUUAAAGAUGGACUUGGAGAGGAUGGCGGCGGAGAACGACAGUCUUCAGCUGCAGUAUCAGAACAUGGUGGACAAGUGUCAAGACUUACAGAACGAGCUGACGGCCACUCAGCGAAUGCUGGCCAACCGAAGGCUGGUCCGUGUAGUUCGCUCCGACGAGAAGGCUGUCAAGCGUGCCUGGGAGACCAAAGAGGAGUUUGGACAGCACACUCUCAAGAAGACUGGUGUCAGGCUGUUCUAA